AGUUCGUUAAAAUUUCGUAAUAAACAUGGAGGAAGAUAGCGGUAGACAGAGGCUUCUCGAUGGAGGACAGCCUUUUCCUUCUUCGUUACCCCAGUCUCCUCCGAACGAAUACGACAAUGCGCUUUAUCACGAACAGGGAAAAAGUCCGAGAGAGACACUUAUCAUGUACUUCUUUAUGCUGUUUGUGAUCAUUAUGGUCAUGAUUACCAUUAUACUGUCUUUGUAUCGUGGUGCAGCAGUGGAUUCUACAUACAUAUUGUUAGGAGUCAGCAUCAUUUCUAUUGGUAUGGUGGAGUUAGUUUUGGUUCACUGGACAAGAUCAGGGGAACUUCCUGCAGAGAAAUUGUGGUUCUUGUACUUCGUGGGAAUCUGUAUCUCUUUGGAGUCCAUUUUCACAGAUGUGCUGUUAUAUCACAGACCUGAACCAUCAACUUAGAGAAAUCACUAGUCUUUAUAUAAUUUAGUUCUAGUUUAUUUAAAUUUACAUCAGCGGAGAUCUAGGUUUGUUUUUUAAUGUCCAAUCAUUGUAGCUAAUGAAUUAUGUUAUAAAUGUUUGGUUUGCACAUGUCACCCUUCUCAUUUUUAAAGAAAAAAAUGGCAAAGGUGAGUUUGUGCUGAAAUACAAAGUGAGUGUGAUUAAGUCCUAUCGAUUGUGAAUUACUGCAAGAUAAUCUGGAAAUUACUCAAAAUACUAAUAUCACCCUUUUGAGAUUUUACAGAGUCAAACCUUGUUUGUUAUUGUUGUUUUGUAUUGAAUAAUUUUUUUGUAUUGAACUUACGGUAUUAUGAGUCAGAGACAAUAUUAUUUAAUCAAUGGUAAAAUUUAGGAACGAAAUGUGGCUAUGGUUUCUGCGCCUUUUCGCUUCCCUUUCAUUCUUUACCAGCACCUUGUCCUCUUCUGUGUAUUCUGUGUCAUUCUGUGAGGGUGAGAAGUUGCAAACACUAACGCGUGCGCUUGUUACAAUAAAUUGUUUCGUGACUUGCGUGACAAUCUUGAAGUUUCGUGAGUAUGGCCUACGUCGCACAACAGCCCAAACCAAAAAUUAAACAGGCAAAAAAUUUUCGGAAAGUUGAAACCGAAACGGGAAGUUCUGAAAAAUGUGACAAUUUUGGGUCGCACUACCGAAAUACAUCAAUAGGUUAAAAUAAACACAGGUGAUCAGAUUUUAUUUCUGGUGCGUGUUGUGCGUAUUGUGAUAAACAUGAACGUAAAUCAGGCCUUUUGCUUUGCUUUUCCCAUUCUACUCCUGUUUGCCUUUUUCAUUCUGUAUCGGCAGCUUUUCAAGUCCAUGUAAGAUGCAGUAAAUAGUUGCAUGUUGGAAUGCUACUAUAAUUAGGUUAGCCGAAAAGUUAGAGAAUCUCAUGCUGUUAAGCAUACAAGUUGAUUUGUGUAACUAGAUGCAUGACUGGUUUUUUUUGACAAGCUAAGUAGUGUGACGGAGUUGAGUUCACUCAAGUGUGACUGAGGUUGAGUUAAACGGCGGUAGUGGUUAUUCGAAGUUUGGCAGAGGCCGUGUAUCAGUGUUUACUGUGACGAGUUGUUUCAGAGUUUUAUCAGCUGUGAAGACUACAUUCAUCAGGAAUAAAUCAUCUUUGUUGCUGUUCCGACA